ACUAUUUUGCUAGGGCAAAAGGAGCGAAUGGAAGAUUAAUUUUCUUCUCCGUCAUAUCAAUCCCUGUCAGCUUUCUCCCCAUUCUGAAACCCUCAGCCUUCAUCUUGCUAGUAUUUCUCUCUCAUGGUUGAGCCGGGUGAGAUUUAAUGGCGAGCGAGUGAGAAGCAGCGCCGUCUGUGAUCUCCAUCGCAGAAACAGCGAUCUUGGGAGGAUUUCGAUUUUGGAUGCGCAGUCCGAUCCUGGCCGACUUUUUAGCCGGAAUCCAUUUUGGAGAAUGAAUGGAAAGGGAGGAGGCGAGGAAGGUGUCGCAGCUACUUCCUCGGUCUCACCGCCGCUCGAUUGGAAAUUCUCUCAAGUUUUCGGCGAGCGGACUGCUGGAGAGGAAGUCCAAGAAGUUGACAUUAUUUCUGCAAUUGAAUUUGACAAAUCUGGCGACCACCUUGCCACUGGAGAUAGAGGGGGUCGUGUGGUUUUAUUCGAAAGGACAGAUGUUAAGGAGCAUGGUUCUAGACGGGAGCUUGAGAAGCUAGACUAUUCAAUCAGCAGACAUCCAGAGUUUCGCUACAAAACAGAAUUCCAAAGUCAUGAACCUGAGUUUGACUACCUCAAAAGCUUGGAAAUAGAAGAGAAAAUCAACAAGAUCAGAUGGUGCCAAACUUCAAAUGGUGCAUUAUUUCUUCUGUCAACUAAUGAUAAGACAAUCAAGUUUUGGAAGGUACAAGAGAAGAAAGUGAAGAAAGUUUCUGAGAUGAAUGUUGAUUCUUCACAAGCUUCUGCAAAUGGUAACAUUCCUAGCUCAUGUUCAGCCAGUCCAAGACCGUGCCUCCCAAAUGGUGGGUGUUCUGAAAGGCCAUACAAAUAUUUGAGCAGUGACUUCAAGUUUCCCCCUGGGGGGUUUCCGACUCUGCGUCUUCCUGUGGUAGUAGCUAGCGAAGAUGCAAGCCUUAUUGCUAGAUGUCGUAGAGUAUAUGCUCAUGCUCAUGAUUAUCAUAUCAAUUCUAUUUCCAAAAACAGUGAUGGAGAGACGUUCAUAUCCGCAGAUGAUCUGCGAAUAAAUCUUUGGAAUUUAGAAAUUAGCAACCAGAGCUUUAACAUUGUUGAUGUGAAGCCUGCAAACAUGGAGGACCUAACAGAGGUUAUAACAUCAGCCGAGUUUCAUCCUAUGCAAUGUAACACUCUAGCAUAUUGUAGCUCAAAGGGCUCAAUACGACUUGUUGAUUUGAGGCAAUCGGCUUUAUGUGAUAAUCACUCCAAGUUGUUUGAGGAGCAUGAGACACCUGGUACUAGGUCCUUUUUCACUGAGAUCAUUGCGUCAAUUUCAGAUAUUAAAUUUUCCAAGAAUGGAAGGCAUAUUCUGAGUCGUGAUUACAUGACACUUAAGCUUUGGGACAUAAACAUGGAUUCUGGUCCGGUUGCAACUUUCCAAGUGCACGAGUAUUUAAGGCCUAGACUUUGUGAUUUAUAUGAAAACGAUUCAAUCUUUGACAAAUUUGAAUGCUGUCUGAGUGGUGAUGGACUUCGUGUAGCUACUGGGUCAUACAGCAAUCUUUUCCGUGUUUUUGGUUGUGCAUCUGGAAGCAGUGAGGCAACAACUCUUGAAGCUAGCAAGAACCCUAUGAGAAGGCAAGCACAAACACCUGCAAGACCGGCAAGAUCUCUGAGCAGUCUAACUAGAGUAGUUCGAAGAGGAUCUGAAAGCCCUGGUGCCGAUGCCAAUGGGAACUCUCAUGACUUCACAACAAAGCUUCUCCAUCUUGCAUGGCAUCCAAACGAAAAUUCAAUUGCCUGUGCGGCUGCAAACAGCCUAUACAUGUAUUAUGCGUAGGGAUGGAUGUGGAAGAAGAUAUUAUGUUUGGUGAGAAAUUUUUGUUGUGAAAGGUUGCUUUUGAUGGAAAAAGGGGCUGUUUUCUUUAUCAUGCCUUUGCAAGGGAGCUGCAGUAGGUCUUUCAUUUAGAUGUUCGUUCACACGUGACCCCUAUCAGGGCCGGAUGAAGCUGUCAAAAUCCAAGUGGAAGUUAAAUGUCUAUUGUUCCCUGGAAGGGCAGCUUGGUUCUGAUUAUUUUAUUUUAAAUUUUUAUUUUUGCCGUUUUCCAUUUGGAAGAAAAAGAAUCGGAGGGGGUUCUUUCAUUAUUAUGAGUUUUCUUUUAGAUCCCAAUAUGUGAUUGUAGCUUUCCAACCAAACACCAAAGUUUGGCCAAGAACACUUCUUACUUGAGUGCGCUGAAGAGUAAUGCUGAGCUUGGGGGCAUUAGAGACUUGUAUUGGUGUAGGAAGGAAACCCUUUUGAGUUUUGUGCAUGUGGUUAUCAUUAUUAUAAUUCUUCUCCAGUUUCAGCACUAUCUUUUUCAAACAGAAUUGUUUUUUUUUUUUGGACAUUUAGGCUAUUUAAGGUAAACUCACACAUACAACGCAUA